ACCUUGGAGAAGGGGCCAAAUUUCAAACGCAAACCUUUAUAUAAUUCUCCAAAAUCCAAAAACCUCAAAGAAUUAACAAAAUCCUAACUGCUGUAAAACCCUAGAUUCCAUUCAAAUCGAACCCAAAAAAGGUUAAUUGAAGAAGAAAACACAAACAUUUUUGAUCUUCAAUGGGGUUUUUCAGAAGCACAUUUUCGUUUGCUAUGGGUACGGGUUUGGGUAUCUACUUGGCCCAAAACUACAACGUUCCCAAUAUCCAGAAGCUCGUCAACACUGGAGUUGUUAUCGCCAAGCAUUUUGAAGAGAAUUAUCGCAAACCGAAGAAGAGGGAUGAUGAUAAUUAGUACCUGUUCGUUACGGCGUCGUUUGGUCAUUCAUCAGGCAUUUGCUUCUUAGUCCACAGUUAGAUACAAGUCUGAUGAACUUUGGGAAGUUGGAGAACAAUUUGAGGGUGAGCUACUACUGCAGGAGAGGUUGUCCACCUCUUUGCUAUGUGAGCGCCAAUGAUCAAUUUUUUCCAAUUGAUCUGGUGCUGAACUUGGAAGUGACUGUGAACGAAGAAUAUGCAGAACACUCUCUGUUUUCCCCAGAAGUAAGAUGGCAGAGCGGACACCUGCUGCUCUCUCUUCAAUGGUGCCAUGGUGGCAUCGCAUGGAUAUAACUUUAUCAAGGUUGGUAAGACAAGCACCUGUUAUAUCCGCAAUCAUGGUUGACAAUCUGUCAAACAUGGAUUUGCUGUUCUCAAACACUCUGCUAUCAGAACUUUGCAGAAGAGUUUGACACACUCUGUACAUACAGUUGGCUGCCAACAUAUUGGGAGGCCAUGUUGAAGGUGAACCCUUUAAACAAGCAUUUGGAUCUUUCUUUCUGAAUUCGAUGAAUCUCUCCUUUGCUUUCUCAGAGAGUCCUUCAAGCACGCCUUUUGGAUUUUGUCCUUCAGUGGCAGCUUUACGGAGAUCGACGUCCAGCCACUUGUAACAUAAGUCAACUUCUACCCACACUAACUCUGCUGCCUUCCUGAUGUAUACUAGGUCAUUUCUGCUAUCCAGGUUCUCUUCAACAAGUUUGAUGUACAUGAAACCUUCAUACACACUCCUUAUUAAUUCCUCAAUUAAGUGGAAAUCAAUGUCUGGAAGUGCAAUUGCAAUGCUUGUCAGUGUCACUAUAGGAAGAGCCCAGCAAUUAGGAGGUUCUUCCGUGUCUAAAGAAGGAAUUUUAGCAUGGUCAAAUUCGUGCACUCCCCUGAAUCCAGGUGAUGACUUCACUUUCUCCAAAAAUUGUAUUAGAUGUUUAGGCUGCUCCUUUUUCCCCAUCCCUAUCCAUUUGUCCACCACAUCACUGUUGCUUUGCAUCAUCAAAUCAAUUAAUACUUCCUCUCCUUCGAGGUGUAAAACAUAGUGGCUAAGAUCUGGCUUUAGACUAGCUUGUGACUCUAUAUCAUGACUCCACACCACAUUUUUGCAUUUCAGC